AUGGUGGGGAACAUCCCAGCAGGAGCGGUGCAGUCGGGGGACGAGCUGUGUCACUACCUGCCGCCCUUCCCCCCCAGAGGCACAGGCUUCCACCGCUACAUCUACGUCCUCUUCAAACAGAACCGACCCAUCGACUUCAGGGAGGACGCACGCCCGGCUCCAUGUCUCUCUCUGGAGCAGCGCACCUUUAAAACAGUGGAGUGGUACAGAAAGCACCAGGAUCACAUGACCCCGGCAGGACUGGCCUUCUUCCAGAGCCAGUGGGACCCAUCCGUCACUCAGACCUUCCACCACACACUGGACAUGAAGGAGCCCGUGUAUGAGUUCAUCCGGCCCCCGACGUACCAGCCCCCUCAGGUCAAGUUCCCACACAGACAACCUCUGCGUUACCUGGACCGUUACCGCGGCGACAAGCCACACACCUACGGCAUCUACUGA